AUGGGAGAGUCCAUCACAUCUAUCUAUCUAUCUAUCUAUCUAUCUAUCUAUCUAAAAUCCUCUAGUUUUUUCUCAAAAACAUACAUCCUCUUCUUUCAUUUUCCUUCGUCUUAUCAUCGGAUUUCAUUUAUUUUCUUCAUUGAAUUUUCUUUUUCUUUCGUUGCUGUCUUUCUAUUCCGUCUCUUAUUUUUCAUCAUUGAUUUGUUUUUCAUUCUUUCUUUUCUAGAUUUAGACCACUUCUUUUCAUUUUCUAUUCAACACAUAUUUCGUUCUUUAUCUCUCUCUAUUUCUAUUCAUUACCUUUCUGUCUCUCUACCUCUUUCUAUCUCUCUCUCACACACAUACACCUUUUAUUUAUUCUUAUCGCUUCCUCCUAACCUUUUUUACACGCUUCCAGAAUUCUGCGAAAUCUAUCUCUCUCAGCUUGUUCCUAUCUCUCUCUCUAUAUAUAUAUAUCUGUUCAUAUCUAUCUAUCUACCUCAGUUCAUAUCUAUCUAUCUAUCUAUCUAUCUAUCUAUCUAUCCCAGUUUGUUAAUAUCUAUCUAUCUAUUUUUGGUGAAGCCCCAUUUCAGAAUUGUAGGAAAAUGGUACUCUCACGGAAAACUCAUCCAGAGUUGA